CAUUGCUUUGAUAACGUAGUAAAAAUUCAAGAUGGCUGUUUUUGGUAACAGUUAACACGUGUUGACAUUUGGACGAGUAAAUAGUUUUAUAAACUAUUUUCUUUUUUUAUUAUAAUUGUGAUACAAGGAUCAAAAAAAAAAAAAUGAAGCGAACGCCUGAUAAUUCGUCAAAAUAUCCAGGAAAAGCUCCUGUUAGUGAAAAAAGACUAAUGAAAUAUUCACAUGGCGAUGGUGUGGAUUUAAAUCCAAAAACAACAAGAAUAAAAAAUAAAUAUCAUCGACAAAGAAUAAGAAAUAAAGAACAAAUAAUAAAUCGUGUCGCUGAAGAUACAGCGCGUACUGAAAUGUUAUUGACUGAAGAUUAUGGUUUUUUAGAGGCCGAUAAUGAUGAAACAACAACACAAUUUAAACAAUCACAAUUAACUGCAAAUGUUGAUAUAACAAGUGCAUCAAAACAAUUUAAACUUAAUCUUGAAUUUGGUCCAUAUUGUAUGCGUUAUACAAGAAAUGGAAGACAUUUAUUGAUAGGUGGAAAAAAAGGACAUGUCGCUGCAUUUGAUUGGAUUACAAAAAAAUUAUCAUGCGAAUUAAAUGUUAUGGAAUCAGUUCAUGAUGUUGUUUGGUUACAUGUUGAAACAAUGUUUGCUGUAGCGCAAAAAAAUUGGGUACACAUUUAUGAUAAUCAGGGAAUUGAAAUUCAUUGUUUAAAAAGAAUGCAUGAAAUUAAUCGUUUGGAAUUUUUGCCCUAUCAUUUUUUACUUGCAAGUGGAUCGAAAAGUGGAUUUCUCAGUUGGUUGGAUGUUUCUAUUGGAGAGAUGAUUUCCAGUUAUCAGUCUCGAUUGGGGAGAAUUUCGGUAAUGACUCAAAAUCCCAGUAAUGCAUUAUUGUGCGUUGGAAAUGGAAAAGGUGUUGUGUCAAUGUGGUCGCCAAAUUCUCAACAACCUUUGGCAAAAAUGCUCUGUCAUGCACAAUCAAUUAACAGUAUUGCUAUUCAUCCCUAUGGUCUUUAUAUGGCGACAAGUUCUCCUGAUCGAUCGUUAAAAAUUUGGGAUAUUAGACAAUUAUCUGGACCAUUGGAAAAUGCAAAAUUACGACAUCCUGCAACUCAAUUGUCAUACAGUCAACGUGGAUUAUUGAGUGUUGGAAUGGGAAAUGUUAUUGAAGUCUACAGAGAUACUACGACAGAUAUUAAGUGUUAUAUGCGUCAUAAAGAAAAUUGGAAUAUUUCGAGAAUGCAAUUUUGUCCGUUUGAAGAUGUUUUGGGCGUUACAACUGACAAGGGAUUUACCUCGGUUUUAAUUCCUGGCAGUGCUGAGGCGAAUUUCGAUGCUCUUGAAAUUAAUCCAUUCCAAACGAAAUCACAAAGAAAAGAAUCUGAAGUUAAGGCACUUUUGGAUAAAAUUCAACCUGAUUUGAUUACAUUAGAUACGGGUGUUAUUAAUGAAAUUGAUGUUCCCACAUUGAAGGAGCAAAAUGAGGCGAAGAAAAAAUUACUGUUUAUUAAGCCGAAGAAAAUAGACUUCACUCCAAGAAAGACGAAAGCAAAGGGUAAAGGAGGCACCGCCAAAAUUAUUAAAUCGAGAAAAAUUCUUAAACAAUUGGCUAAACAGGAAGCUAUUAAAGCUAUGCGUGAAGCUGAGGUUUUGAUUGACAUGAAGAAACCAACAAUGAAGAAAAAGAAUUACGGUGUUUUGGAUAGAUUUUUACCAAAAUCUUAAAAGGAUUGAAAAAACAAGUGUACAUAAAGUGUUUAUUAAAUUGAAUUUUAUAUUCAAUAUGUGAAUUAAUGUUUUUUUAUAAAGGAAAAUUAAUUUUUUCUUGUUAAACUUAA